CUGAGCGUUGUUUCAAAACCCUGUGCGAAGAAUUAGGAGAGCCAGAGGCCGCGCCGGCGAUAAACCCUGCCGCCGGAGCUCUUCCAAUGCAAGUCAUAAGCUGUAAUCCGCGGCUCUUCAGCCUAAUCAACCGCUCAACGCAGCAUUUCAAUCUGCGCCCAUUCUCCUCCUCUUCAUCAUCCUCAGCCUAUUCCAGCCAGUCACGCGGCGGACUUCCUCGAUUCUUCUCCGAAACCUUACCUACCAUUAAGGGUGGUGUUGUGAGAGUGAAAGGCGACGAGUUCUGGCACAUGACCAAAGUGCUAAGACUAGGAAUCGAUGAUAGGGUAGAGCUAUUUAAUGGAAAGGGCGGUCUCGUUGAGGGGCGCAUAGAGAGUAUUGAUCGUUCUGGGGUGGAUUUUGAAGCAGUGGAGAACCCAAAAUUAGUUUCUCAACCAACCACUCAGUGGCACGUUUUCGCUGCGUUCAGCACUCUCAAGGGAGGGAGAGCUGAUUGGCUAGUGGAGAAAUGCACUGAACUUGGAGCAUCCAGUGUGACACCGUUGCUAACUGGACGCUCUCAGUCAAUUUCAGAAAACAGGGCUGACAGACUGCAGCGAGUUGUAUUGGCAGCAGCUAAGCAAUGUCAACGAUUACAUGAAAUGAUUUUGAAGCCUCCCAUUGCAGUUGGUGAACUUCUACCUGUUGUAGCUAAUUCAAGAUUAGCAUUUUUGGCUGCGGCAGAGGCUACUCCCGUUUUUAAUGCAUUAAGCUCUAUAAACAAAGAACCUAAUGGAAUCAUUAUAAUUGGCCCUGAAGGAGACUUCACCAAAGAGGAAUUGAACUCGUUAAGGGAGGCUGGAGCAAUUGCUGUUGGUCUGGGCCCACACCGUUUGCGUGUUGAAACUGCUACAAUGGCUCUCCUUUCUACUGUGAUGUUAUGGUCCGACUGCCAGGAAUUAGCAAGCAAUUAAUUGCACUUCAGAAGUUAAGAGGCCAAAGGCAUGUGGUGUGUAUUGAGAGAUAUCAUCAAAGUCACGACUUUGAAAAACCGAUACUGUUAUUUACACUUUCUUGUGAAGUUGACAUUCAAUAGAUGUGUUUGCUAAGUUUCUACUUUCAUUUCAUAACAAAUAAUUCUCCCACUAUUUUUCAAUCCCCAUUUAUGUUUUGGUUGACAUC